AUGAAGCUUGGCUCAGGCUUUAACACAUACACGCAGCAAGUGUGUGUUGAUGACGCUGUUACCAAAAGUCCGAAUGGCACGCCUUUUGACCAAGGUCUUGGAAAGAGCCAAUCCCAGUCAGUGGUGUUCAAAACCAGCAUGAUCGAUAAGAUGUCAGAUAUUACCGAUACCCUGAACAUCAGCGGUGCUCUCACUAUCAAGUACAACAAUCUCAUCGACGGGACUGGCAAGGGAACAUUCAUCAAUUCCAACAAGAUCAAGGACGCUGAUAUCAACUUCCUUCUCAGUGUCAAGGUCAUUAAUGAAACCAUUGUAGAUCAGGGGUUGACCGAAUUCACUCCUAUCGCGAACCUGGACUCAUCGUCUGAUUUCACUGAGAUAUAUGGUGAUAGCUUCAUCUCAGGUAUUGAACCAGAAUCCCAUCCAGAUAGAUUGAGGGGGAGUAUGUACUUACAUAUUGCAAAAGACUUUCAGGAAGGUGGUGAGUUCGUCGCGGUUAUUUCCAUCAAAGUGAAAGACAAGAAUCAGAAGGAGACCAUUGCUGCCAGUGCUGCAGUGUCUUUAACGACCCCGGAAUUUGGGGGUGGGCAAGGCAAGCACAAGCAAGAACCUAAACCAAAGCCCGACGAACACGAGGAGGAAAAUGGAGAGACCGAGAGAAAGGAGAGUGGAAAGGGCACCAAUGGUCUGGAACUAAAGGGCAAUGCGCAGGUUGAGAAGGAGAGGAUGGAAAUCUUCCAGGAGAAUGAGGUGACUCUUUCUAUCACAUACUCGGGUGGUGGCCAGGGACUCAAGGAGCCGGACGAAGACUGGAACUUGGAAAACAUCAGAAAGGCCGCCCUCCGGUUCCCAUCACUGGUCGCAAAAAAUCCAGUGCGAACUCAUGCCGUUUUGACGAAGUACACUUCUCUUAAGAACUAUUAUUCGAAAGUCAAAGCGGAAAGAAAAGAAGGCGAGACUGAUACCAGGAAUCUGCCCCUCUGCUACGAUAAUGCAGGGAUUUAUACAUCGACAUUGCAGGAUGCAUUCCUUGAUUUCAAGAAUGUUUACAAGAACAUUCGGCUUUUGGAAGUUGACGUUGUUAAUGGGGUCAGAAAGCUUAAGAAAAGCACUUUCAGUGAUAAGUCGGGAGGGGUUCAGAUCCUCCCAGGCUCAAAUCCAGUGAACAAGUUCGGUACAGGCGCCGGGGGUGACCUGGACAAAAGCCCAGGAGAUACACUGAAGUGGAAACACAUUACUGAGCCCAUGGAUGCGACACUCGUUAGCCUGGAGAGGGCGCGGCAUUAUGUCCGCAGUCAGAUGAAUCUCAUUGUUGAAGAGGUUGAUGCUAUUACCAAAAAUCCAAAACUGGCCGGCGGCGACCGUGAUAUGCCUUGUCAAUGUCCUUUGAUAUUCCAGCUCUACAUGCCAAUUGGGGUACCUAUCGAUGAUCCAGAACCAUGA